GGAGAUGUUGAGGAGCAGUCAGGACUGGGACAGUGUGAUCCCUCCUGCACCAUCAGCAUGCCAGAUCCAUGUAAGCAUGUGACAGGAUUAUUGAUAUGAAAUCAUUCACGUCUGCAUGAUAUGAAAGGUUAAACAUGAACUCGGCUAAGCUGUGGAGUGUGACGCUGCUGUGCUUUGCGUUAUUAUUCCUUUCACACGACGUCCGAAGUCAGAACAGAAGAAACCAAACGAACAACUUGACCACAAAAAAUGGAAAGGUGCUGGUGUGUGCGCUGGAGUUGGCCUUCCUCCUCGACAGCUCAGAGAGCGCCAUGUCGUACCGUUUUGAGAAAGAGAAGGACUUUGUGCGCUCGUUCAGCUCCCGGGUGGUGAAGAUGCAGGUUGCCGACUGGCACCUGAUGCCCCGCUUCGCUGUUCUGCAGUACAGCAGCUCUGUGUCCAUCGUGCAGAGCUUCUCCGACUGGCAUGGACUGGACAACUUCCUGGCCAGUGUGGGCUCCAUGGCCUACAUCGGGCAGGGCACGUACUCAUCCUACGCCAUCGGGAACGCCACUGAGCUGUUUGUACGUGAAACUGAUGACAAGAACGUCAGGGUGAUGCUGCUGAUGACUGACGGCUCCGAUCAUCCACGGAGUCCCGACAUCCUGGCUGCCACCGCUGAGGCCAAAGGUCACAACAUCAAGCUCUUCACCAUCAGCUUGUCAUCAAGGGGCAGCCAAAACAGCGCCAAGCUGCGAGCCAUUGCUAGCAGUCCGGUGCAGCGGUUCGUGCACAACCUCAACGAUCCAGACCUUGAGGAAAGACUGCUUCAGGAGCUCAAAAGAGUGGCCAACAAUGAAUGUCCACGAGUGCAAGCGUGUGUGUGUGAGAAAGGAGACAGAGGAGCUCCGGGGAACCCUGGGAAAAAAGGAGAUCCGGGGAUUGAAGGACCGCAGGGACCGAAAGGUGUAAAGGGAGACUUUGGACCUGCAGGAUCCCCGGGACCAGAUGGACCUGAGGGACGACCCGGGUACAAAGGUGAUAAGGGCGACAGAGGAGAAUGUGGAGCUCCUGGAUCAAAAGGAAAUAAGGGUGCUGAAGGACCUCUGGGACCGAGAGGAGUCAGAGGAGAGCAGGGCCCCCAAGGGCCACCGGGGGACGAAGGACCUGAAGGACAGGAAGGCCCCAAAGGAGAUCGCGGACUUCCUGGUGCAACUGGGCCUCGAGGGGAUAUCGGCGUUGGAUUUCCUGGUCCUAAGGGGGAGAAGGGAAACCAGGGAAGACCAGGCCCUGUAGGUCCAAUCGGAACAGGUGAACCAGGCCAACCUGGUCCACGAGGACUUCCAGGGCCUCAAGGGCUUCCUGGCUUCCCAGGAGAGGGCCUAGUAGGGCCAAAGGGGGAUCGAGGUUAUAACGGUUCUACUGGAGCACGUGGACCACCAGGUAUUGGCUUCAAGGGAGAAGAGGGUAAUGCUGGGCCUCCUGGGGCUCCUGGUCCCAUAGGGCCUCCUGGAUUGGGAAUUCAAGGAGAAAAGGGAACCCAGGGUCCAAUAGGUCCUCCUGGUCCCAGAGGGAUCCCAGGGAUAAGCAUCACGGGUGACAAGGGAGACCGUGGCUUCCCGGGAGAACGUGGACCACAAGGACAGAAAGGUGUCGGAGAGCCGGGAGCCAAGGGUGAGCCUGGCUUACAAGGUGUCCCAGGAGACCCGGGUGCUCCAGGAGAAGACGGAGCAAGAGGACCAAAGGGUGAAACCGGUGUUCCUGGGCCUAGAGGACUAGAGGGACCACCUGGUAAAGGUCUACCUGGAGAAAAGGGAGAGCGAGGAGAGAGAGGAUCAAGAGGACAACCAGGAGUCAUGGGACCAAUGGGUCCAAUGGGGACCAAGGGAGAACUAGGAGGUUUGGGGCUUCCUGGGGUAAUUGGACCUCCAGGAAGGGGGUUACCAGGCAGUAAGGGGGAUCCUGGACCACCGGGACUUCCAGGACCUGCUGGAGAAACAGGAAUAGGGAUCCCUGGGCCAAAGGGUGAACGAGGACUACCUGGACCUGUAGGACCACCAGGGCUGAAGGGAGUCGGCUAUCCUGGACCACCUGGUCCUCCAGGCACUCAAGGACUACCUGGAGAGCCCGGUCCAGAGGGGACAGGCUUUCCAGGACCAAAGGGGGAUCAAGGUUCUGCAGGUCCUCCAGGGCCAGUGGGAGCACCAGGAAUUGGACUUUUAGGCCCCAAGGGUUCUAUAGGUCAGCCCGGCCCAUCUGGCCCACCCGGGCUCCCAGGAGAGGGAAUCCAAGGCCCAAAGGGUGACCCUGGAUUCCAGGGAUUAGUGGGACCAAGAGGAGCCCCAGGAGAGGGUUUACCUGGGCAAAAGGGGGACCGUGGGUUUUCGGGAGAACGAGGACGCAAAGGGGACAAAGGAGGACAAGGGGAACUAGGACAAACAGGGCCAGUGGGUAGGCCAGGCCAAAAAGGAGAACCCGGCCUUACUAGAGAAGAAGUUGUCAAAUUAAUUAAAUCAAUUUGUGGCUGUGGCGUGACUUGCAGAUUCAACCCCCUGGAGCUGGUUUUUGUGAUCGACAGCUCGGAGAGCGUGGGUCCUGACAACUUUGAAAUCAUAAAGGGCUUUGUGAACACCCUGAUCGACCGUGUUUCUGUCAGGCCCAACGUCACACAUGUUGGGAUUGUGCUGUACAGUCACAUGACCGCGGUGAUCACUGAUCUGUAUCGACCCCUAAGCCGUGAUGAGGUGAAAUCUGCUGUACGCCGAAUGCCCUACAUGGGGGAGGGAACCUACACAGGAAGUGCCAUCCAUCAGGCCAAUCAGCUGUUCAGUUCGGCCCGCCCUGGAGUUCGGAAAGUGGCGGUGGUGAUUACAGACGGCCAGGUGGACCAACGGGACGUGGUUAAGCUGGAGGAUGCAGUGCGAGACGCACACUCCAGCAACGUUGAGAUGUUCGUCAUUGGUGUGGUGAAUCAGAGUGAGCCAUUUUAUGAGAGCUUCAAGAGAGAGCUGGAGUCCAUCGCUUCUGAUCCGGAUGAGGAGCACAUCUAUCUGAUUAGUGACUUCAGAACACUCACUGCAUUGGAGAGUAAGCUGCUGGGUAAACUCUGUGAGAACAGUGACGACUUGUUGUUCAGGCAAACGCCCAGCCCUGAUCUCCUCCCUGUAACCCCCAGACCCCCAUUUUACGAUGAGGGACUAGGGAGGAGGACACACACAGUGACGUUUAAAGCAGACUUCGCACAGCCAGGAGCAGGAGAGUUCUUAGACAGCACCAGCGCUCCGCUCUUCAGUGGGGAGAACCAGAACAGUCUGGAUGAUCUGUGGCGCAUCACAUAUGGUUCUGCUCCAGGAAAACCCUUACAGAGACCGGAACCACACACCACCAGCACCACCACCAAGCCACGCCUAAUACUGAUUCAGGAUGACUUUAGCAAAGACGAUGCCUGCCUGCAGCCGCUCGACCCCGGGCCCUGUCGCACCUACGUGGUGAAAUGGUAUUACGACCCCAAGGCCAACUCCUGCGCUCAGUUCUGGUUUGGAGGUUGCCACGGCAACCGUAAUCGGUUCGACACAGAGAGCAUCUGCCGGAAAUCCUGCGUCAUAAACUAAAUCAUCGCUGACCAUUAAGUAAUGAAAAAGCAAGGCUAUAAACCCAAGAGUAUUUACUUUUAUUUAUUUAAGCCGAGCAGUGGAGUGUUAAAAGCAGGGAGGUUUAGGAGAUGGAGGAACACAAAUACAUUCACGGGUGCUAACACUGGGCCUCAUUUAUCAAAUCUUUCGCAGGACCAUUUAUGCAAAGAAUGAGGUGUUCAUGGGAAUGGAAAAAUGUUCAUAUUGCUCCUGAGUUUGUAUAAAUUUACGUAUAAGUAGACUCAUUAAUGUGAACCCUGACUGAUCAGCUUAGAAUCGUAUAAUUAGUAAUGAGUUGUAUAAUAUGUGGAUUAUACAAUACUUCUUCACUACUUCAAUACUACAUCACUUACAGAGUAUAUUUCAAUAUUUUAAGAUUAGCCAUUCAAUUAGAACAGAAGUAAUGGCACACUAUUUAAGGAGCAAGAGUUAGCAAGUGUCUAUGGAAUAUUUAGUGCAUGCCAGACUUUUAGUCGUCAUUUUGUCUCUUUCAGCUCCUUUUAUGGAGUUUUGUGGGCGUGGCUAAAUGUAAAUCAGCUGUGCCAUGGAAAUUACAUGCCAUGAUUUACAGCUGUUUGGCAUUUAUCAACGUACGCACGUGGGUACAAAGAAAAUCAGCGAUUUUUGUGUUCGAAAUGUGUUCAAUUUGCCAAAAACAUUUACACAAAACUUUAUUAAAUGAGUGAUAAAUGAGGCCCACUGUGGGAACAGUUAUAAAAUCAUACAAUAUACAGAUCUCUACAUCAAUAUAAUGGAGAUAUAUGGUUUUUAUAUUUCCUUUUCUGUCACGUCUAGGUGACCAGACCUGUAGGAGGUUUUAGUAGCUUAUUUAAUCAGUAUCUCUUUCCUGGGAAGGAUAUAUGAUCUCGUAAAUCCUAGCAAAAUGAACACUUCUUACAUCUUUUGAAAUCAGUCAAUCAAUAGUCAUUUCAUCAGGCCGUCUAUUCAUAUCUCACUCUUUCCUUAGUUUAUCAUGUGUAUUACAUUUGAGAUUGUUAAUUUUUCCUCCUAAACGCCACUGUAACUGUGCUAGCAAUAACAACGCCCCCCUGUGACAUCGUCAAAAAAUACGAGACGAAAAAUCCACAUCUAUAUGACACUUACCAAACAACAAAUCAGCACCAGAAUCACUAAACACAUCAGAAAUAUUUCAGUAUAUACAUAUAUAUUUCAUGUGUUUCAGUUUGGAGCUGUAUUUCUCCUUAUGUCCAUACUGAUAAACUAUUUUUAUAACAUUCUAAAAUACAGUGGUGUGUGAUUAAUAAGGUUUCAUCAGUUACAAAUUCCUGUCUCACAUCAAAUUCCAUGGACAAUGUUGUUAAUUUUUGCUGCUUCGCUCUUAAUCAUAUUACUGUCAUUUAAUGAAUAAGCUGCAUGUUAGACGUGACUGCUAACGGAAAGUUAUUUCACAAGAUCCUGUGCUGCCUUUCCAUCAUUUAAACACCAUUAUACAGGAUUCACUUAAUGUAAAACAUAGAUACUAAAUAUAGAAUUUAAAUAUACACACCCUUGCUGGAAUUCAGUUCCUCUACAUUCAUGGAUUCAUGGUUACAAAUCUUAUAAAUGUUGGAUCCCAAAAUUCUCUAGUGUGUUAUUUGCUUUAAUGAAUCCAGUUGUGUGUAUAAUAAUCCCCUUAUAUUUAAGGAAAGAUCUUCGUGUUUCCUUUUUGCUGUUGCUGGCAUUCACUUCUGUUUACCCACCUGCUACGCUUCAAUGAUUAAUUUUUUUAAUGUCUAAUCUGGAGCUGAAUAAGAAAGCGUUCGCCUCCACAUGUUAUCAAAGUGACAUGUCACAUGCUUGCACAAACAUAUCAGGGUUAUAUAUCAAAAAGCAAUUAAUCUGAGUACAAAGAAAAGCUUAAAGUGAUCACUCUCAAGGGCAGGAUUUCAACAAGAACACAACCUACUUCACUUUUGAUCAUGAGAUCAAAGUUUUGACAUUUGACAAGCAAGACUUGAAACGUUUGUAAAUAUUAACAUCAGAUAUGUUUAUACAUGCCCGUAUCAAAAUGACUUUUAGACACACUUUAAGGUUAAUUCAAAUUUACAUGAACAAUUUAUAAGACAAUUAGAAAGUGAAAGUUUGGUUUUAUAAGAUUCUAUCUGACUGUUUAUUAUUAAGCAAAAUCUCAUUAAAUAUCUAAUAAAGGUUAUUUAAUAAACUCAGCAGAAAAUAACAUUUUGAGACCACACUAUGAUAUGCAUUUUGAUAAGCUUUUUAUAUAUUGUCUUGGAUCUAAAAUACAGGAUAUUUCACUUUUUAAAAUAUAAAACUUUUUCCAAAACAAGAUAUUUUACCUUGAAAAAGGGAAACGUUCAAAGUCUCGAAUAUCGAAUAUUGACGAUUCUGCACUAUUUCUAUAUCGAUAUUAAUUUGUAAUUUUGCUCAUGUUAACUCUGUUCAGCUUUUGAGUCUUAUCUCUUCCACUGAAGCGUGUGUUCAGGAUUUGAUCUAUCAUCAGGUUUUACACAAAGUUGUGGGGUCCAUUCUAGCUUGUGUGCAUGCUGUCAAUAAAGCAAAAGCAGGUCGUACGAAAUACUUCGAAAUUCUGAAAUUCAUGUAUAUAUUUCUUAGAUUUUACUUUUGCCUCAAGUUGUUGCUGAUAACAGAAUUAGUAAUGAAAAAAAAAACUUGAAUUAAAUUAGAUAAGAAUGCAAAACAGAAACAUUUUGACUAGAGGGCUCAGACUUUUGGACCCCGCCUACAGGAUGUAGAACAUCAACAGCUAAAAAGUUACUUACUGAAGCUUUAAGUCUGUUCCUUUAUGUCAGAGGGAAAAUAAAUAAAUAAAUAAAUAAAUAAAUAAAUAAAUAAAUAAACAAACUCUGGAUGGUGAUGUUAAAGCCACAGCUGCCUACGUUUUGCAUUCAUCCUGGAUGAUGAUUGGCUGGCAGACAGAAUCUUAUAAAACCAAGUUCAUCUGUGAAUUUGAAGAUGGAAGCUUUUCAAUUUAAAAAAAAAACCUUUAAGAAAAUACAUCAGUAAAAUAAAUUAUCCUUCAGUGUACUCAAAUAAAAGUUUACAAUGCUGAGGUCACAAAAUGACUUCACUGACAUAGCAUAUUAUUAUCUCAAGUAAAAACUAAUAAAUUCUCUCCACUCGGCACUCCACUUGACAACACUCCUGAGCAUUUUCAGUCCUACAUGACCAGAUCCCUGUCUACCCAAACAGGGAGUGACACAUAAACUAGAAACAGUUCGGAUCACGGAUCAGAAAUGGCCAUUCCAUUAACGGUGGACAAAAAUUGCGUAAAUGAUUUGUUUUUUGGCUCAAAUAACAAAUAAACACAUAUAUAUUUUCAGCUCCUGUGUGUGUCUCCAAAAUUAGCAGAAAAAUCAAAGUGCCUUCUGGUAACAACUUAAACAAAAAGGCUAUUAUCACAAAUUCUUAUACUCUGAAUCACAUAAAACCCCUUAAAUUCUGAUAUACAAAAAAGUUUCACAGCUUCUUUAAUAAACUUUAAUAAA